GUCAGAACUUUGGAACCAACAGGGGACUGGGCCUGAAUGUCAGGGCUAGGCCAGGUCUGGAGUCACAGCGUUUAGGCGGUGUCCAACCAUCAAGACCCCACCUAGGGUGGGAGGGGAACGCUCUGGACCCCUAGAUUCUGGGACUAGAGACUACCACAGGCGGGGAAAGCCGAGCACAAAGAGCCACUUAUCCAACCCACUGCCUCCUCUGGGCCAUCGAAUUCCCGGAAGUCUCGCACCCUCCUUUGGCACUUCGGAAACGGGUCAGAACGGUAGAGAGCAAGACUUCACAGAGGCAGCGAUUGGCCCGGAGUUAUGGCAGCCGCAGUGACCUCAGGAACUCCAGAAACCCCUGGGCCAGUCAUGCCUGGUGACCUUUCAGGGGAAGGGAGCAGGGGACUUCCUGAGACCCAGCCGGAGCCCAAGCAGAUCCCAGAGCUAAUCCGCAUAAAGCGAGAUGGAGGCCGCCUGAGCCAGGCAGACAUCAGAGGCUUCGUGGGUGCUGUGGUGGAUGGGAGUGCGCAGGGGGCACAGAUCGGUGCGUGGGGAAUUAGCAGAAUGGGAGGUCAGGCCCAGAUGCCGUCUUUCCCUGGGAAUGCCAUAACCAUCACAGGUCCUGAGAUAAUCCAUUACUCUGGGAUGACACAGUCCUCAUGCUGCCCACAUCAUUGUACCCCACACCCAGGAGCCAUGCUCAUGGCUAUCCGACUUCGGGGCAUGGACCUGGAGGAGACUUCGGCACUGACCCAGGCACUGGCCAAGUCUGGGCAGCAACUGAAGUGGCCAGAGGCCUGGCAACAACAGCUUGUGGACAAACAUUCUACAGGGGGCGUGGGUGACAAGGUCAGCCUAGUCCUGGCACCUGCCCUGGCUGCAUGCGGCUGUAAGGUGCCCAUGAUCAGUGGACGUGGCCUGGGACACACAGGGGGCACCUUGGAUAAGCUGGAAUCUAUCCCUGGGUUCAACACCAUCCAGAACCCAGAGCAGAUGCAAGUGCUACUGGAGCAAGUCGGGUGCUGCAUCGUGGGGCAGAGUGAGAAGCUGGUUCCUGCAGAUGGAAUCCUGUAUGCUGCCAGAGAUGUGACAGCCACUGUGGACAGCCUGCCACUUAUCACAGCCUCCAUCCUCAGUAAGAAGGUUGUGGAGGGCCUGUCGGCUCUAGUGGUGGACGUUAAGUUCGGAGAGGCUGCUGUGUUCCCCAACCAGGAGCAGGCCCGGGAGCUGGCCAGAGUGCUGGUCGGCGUGGGGGCUGGCCUGGGGCUUCGGGUCGCAGCAGCCUUAACUGCCAUGGACAAGCCCGUGGGUCGCAGUGUGGGCCAUGCCCUGGAGAUAGAGGAGGCGCUGCUGUGCAUGGACGGCGCAGGGCCGCCGGACCUCCGGGAUCUGGUCAUUAAGCUAGGGGGCGCUCUGCUCUGGCUCAGCGGACAGGCCGAGGCCCAGGCCGAGGGGGCUGCCCGAGUGGCUGCAGCGCUAGACAAAGGCUCAGCCCGGGACCACUUCGAGCAAAUGCUGGCGGGGCAGGGCGUGGACCCAAGCAUGGCCCGAGCGCUGUGCUCUGGGAGCCCCGCGCAGCGCCGGCAGCUGCUGCCCCGCGCCCGGGAGCAGGAGGAACUGCUUACACCUGUAGAUGGCACCGUGGAACUGAUCCGCGCGCUGCCGCUGGCUCUUGUGCUGCACGAGCUCGGGGCUGGACGCAGCCGCGCUGGGGAGCAGCUCCGGCUGGGGGUGGGCGCCGAGCUGCUAGUCGACGUGGGCCAGAGGCUGCGCCGCGGGACGCCAUGGCUCCGCGUGUACCGCGACGGUCCCGCGCUCAGCGGGCCGCAGCGCCGCGCCCUGCAAGGGGCGCUAGUGCUCUCGAACCGCGCGCCCUUCGCCGCCCCCUCGCCCUACGCCGAGCUCAUCCUGCCGCCGGCCGGCGCGCAGCAAUAAAUGCCUACAGCCGGAA